AUGGCCAUCCGGCGGCAGUUCCCUGACGUGCACUGGGUCUGGGAAGGGGGCAUCUCCUUUGUCUAUGAAGUCCAUCCUCACAUCGUUGUCAAAGUUCCCAAAUCUGGCGACUAUGAGAGAGAACAAUUCCGGAAAGAACUCGAGAUCUAUGAGAUCUUUUCUCAUAAUCCGCCCUGCCCUUCCAUAGUGCAGUGUUUCUUCUACGCGGACAAUGGCAUCUUCCUCGAGUACAUGCGAGGUGCGACCACUAUUGGCGUUUUACAUUUCCAUCUACUAAUCGCCACAUUAGAUGUGACCCUGUGUUCCAGAAUACAAAAUAACCACAUUCGGGACGAUGAAACAGAUAUCAUUACUAAAGUGGAGAAAUUAGAGCCUUUGCCCUUGCGAAAGGAAUGGAUGAACGAUCUCGCUCAAGCCGUUGCUUUUCUAGAAUCGCUCAACCUGGCCCAUGGCGAUCUACGACCCGAAAACAUUUUACUUGAUCGGGACCGAUUAAAACUGUCUGAUUUUGAUAGUACGGCUAAGAUUGGGUCGGAAUUUGAAGCUUGUAUUCCUCCGUAUGGGAGAAUACUCAACAGCGACGAGCAGGAUCAAGGAGUGAGUGGGACUGCCGGUUCUCUAGGUGCUCGAACCGAACAGUUUGCAUUGGGCUCCUUGUACUAUUUCAUUAACUAUGGUUUUGAGGUUUAUGGUAAUCAACGCCUUACCGAGGAUUACAACAAGCAUGGACGCAAGGUUGUGGACUUGCUGCAGGACAUGAAAUUUCCGCAGUUGGAUGGUGAUCCGUUGAUUGACGACAUCAUCAACAAAUGUUGGCACAACAAAUAUGCCACUAUUGGGGAAUUGGCUGCACACACAGAGACGCUCCUUCCUGGAAGAAGCAAUCGGAGAGAUACUCAAGCCGAAAACACACCAGCCCGGCUAUGGCUUACGAUCUUGGGUCACCCUGUUCGUGGGUUCAGAAAAUUUCUUAAAUCUUGUUGGGGUUUCCUGCUCUGUCGCACCACCAGAGAGACAACCAAGCCAGAUGGAGCUAUUAGCGAAAUACCAGAUGGCUAUACCCUUGGCAUCGAGCAGCACGACUCAGCGAAGGGUUUCUCCUUCAAAAGAAAGUUGUGUCAGAACCUGGACAGGUGUGGACUUCUUCAUGUGCUCUCUUCAGACGAGCCAGAGCAACUUGGAUUCAAGCUCGAGUGGUAUAGGCAUGCCACAGGUUGA